CGUUGGGAGGAGUAUAAAAUACAUGAAGGCACAUCACUUUCUCGAAACAGUACAUUGCUUGCUUUAUCGCUGUGGAUCUAAACUAAUGGCUUAUUUCUUCCUUUGGGUUUUUUUAUUCUUUAUUUGCGAGAAGGCUCUCCCUGGGCACACAUGGAAAAUGAACAAUUUGCUGAUGACUGGACCAAAGGCUUAUCUUACCUAUGCAAGUAGUGUGCAGGUGGGUGCGCAAAGCGGAAUACGUGAGUGCAAACAUCAGUUUGCUUGGGACAGGUGGAACUGCCCAGACAGCGCGCUGCAACUUUCUACUCACAAAGGCUUCAGAAGUGCAACAAGUGAGACGUCAUUUGUCCACGCAAUAAGCGCAGCUGGCGUUAUGUACACUUUAACUAGAAACUGCAGUCUUGGAGAUCUGGACGACUGCGGAUGUGACAGUUCGAGAAACGGCAAACUCGGGGGUCGUGGUUGGCUUUGGGGAGGAUGUAGCGACAAUGUGGAUUUUGGCGAGAGAAUUUCUAAACAAUACGUGGAUGCGCUUGAGACUGGACAAGACUCUCGAGCUGCAGUUAAUCUUCAUAAUAAUGAAGCUGGACGUUUGGCUGUAAAGGCUACUCUGAAGAGGAUCUGUAGGUGCCAUGGCAUGUCAGAAAGUUGCACAAUGCAAACGUGCUGGAUGCAGCUUUCUGAUUUCCGUGAGAUUGGCAAUUACCUUAAAGUGAAGCACGACCAGGCCCAGAAACUCGAAAUGGACAAGAGACGAAUGCGCGCGGGCAACAGCGCAGACAACCGGGUGGCCAUUGCAGACGCUUUCGGCUCCAUCGCGCGGUCUGAGCUCAUAUAUCUGGAGGAUUCGCCGGAUUAUUGUGCCAAGAACCUGAGCCUCGGGCUUCCUGGUACGGAGGGUCGGGAGUGCGUGCAACAUGGGGAAAGUCUCACUCAGUGGGAAAGGAGAAGCUGCCGCAGGCUGUGCCAUGAGUGCGGUCUGCGGGUGGAAGAGAGGCGCACAGAGAUAGUGAGUAGCUGCAAUUGUAAAUUCCACUGGUGCUGCACAGUAAAGUGCGAGAACUGCUCUCAGGUCACUGUCAAACACGUUUGCGCACGGAGACACGGAGGCCAAGGACACCAAAAACGCAGACAUCGAGGACCAAAAUAAAACACUCUUUUCUCACGAGAACACCUCCAC